UUGCGUCGUUUGUGUGUCAUUGGUGUGUAUUUCUAUUUUGACACCAUUUCCAAACAAAUAAACAGGCUAGUAAGAGCACAGAUUCCUUGAAAGGAAAGGUCAAAGUUCAAACGAAAAAGACCAUCCAGAAUCUUCAUCUUCAUCUUCAUGUCCUCCAAACGUCAGACGCUCUUCAAGUUGACAAAAACUUCAUCCCGGUCCAAGUUUGUCAUUUGUCCUCCCUUCCUGCACGUGUCGCUGCUCCCCCGGCGCCACCACGCGCUGCCGGAAGUGCAUCUUCUCCGACGCGGAACUGCGGUGGUGUGCGGCGGUGUCUGCACAAAGCCGCUCCGAAAAAGCCGCCCGCAUGUGCGCCGUGCAGCUUCUGCGGGUGUCGGUUCGCCAGCGGAUGACCGCCGCCGUGGAGGACUUCCUGCUGCGGCUGCAAAGAGAAGAAGAAGCCUCUCGACUUCCGCUGCUGAGGUCGCUGCUCACCGAGCGGCUCGCGGCGGCCGCGGACGACAUCGUGGUCCUGCUGGAGGACUUCGUCAACGACUACGAGAGAGUCCCGAGGACGUGCGGCAGCUGGUGGUGGGGAAAGAGGUGCAGAGCAAGCCGGAGCCCCCCCGCGUUAAACAGGAAGAGGAGGGCCGAGACGAUGAAGAGGCAGCUCCUCCCUCCCCCCGCCACGAGAGCGAGGGCAGUGAUGAGGAUUGGAUGGGGUCCGGCGACGACGCGCCGGUGAAAGGGUCCCAAGUGGUUGGUGGCGGCGGCGGCGGCGUGUCCACCACCUGCUGCGAGUGCGGAAAAAGCUUCCUGAACGCCUUGCGCCUGAAGAGACACAAGAAGACGCACUCGGGAGAGAAACCGUACGUGUGCUCUGUGUGCGGAAAGAGCUCCCGGCAGAAAGGAGACCUGAUCAAACACAUGCGGACUCACACGGGCGAGAAGCCUUUCUCGUGCUCGGUGUGCGGGAGCAGCUUCAUCCACAGCCAGGCGCUGGUCCAGCACACCAGGACGCACACCCAGGAGAAGCCCUUCAGCUGCUCCGUGUGCGACGAGACCUUCGCCCGCAAGGACUACUUGAAGACGCACAUGAGGAGACACACGGGAGAGAAGCCCUUCUCCUGUCCCUUCUGCGGAAAGAGUUUCCGGCAGAGGGUGAACAUGACGUCCCACAUGAGAGUCCACACGGGACACAAGCCGUACUCCUGCUCCAUCUGCGACAAGAGCUUCUCGGUGAAGGGCAACGUCAGGAUCCACAUGAGGACGCACACGGGGGAGAAGCCCUUCAGCUGCAGCGUCUGCGACAAAGGCUUCACUCAGAAGGUCAACCUGCUGAGUCACAAGUGUGCCGGAAGGGCGCCGCCGGACCAAUGAGCUGCCGGGACUUUCCCUUUCCAUGUUUGAGUCCACGUGGGCAAAGUUCUAAAGCUCUACUGUGGAGUGUCUUGUGGUUCUUGUGCCUGUCCCUGUCAAUAAAGGCCUUCCAUGAGGACCGGCAGCUGCUGUGCAUCACCACCA